ACACAUUAUAAAUAGUCUUUCAUUUUCCUCUCAUCAUGUAUCUCAAUUCUAGUAUUCUACCCAUCAAAGUAAAAGAAACAAAAAUAACAAAAUGCAAAUUCUUGUUUUCUUCUUAUUUAUUCAAUGUCUGAAUAUUAGCUUCAUCGAUGGCGGAAUAUUAUCAGAACAAGAAGCAUUAUUAGCUAUUAAAUCUGCCAUCAAAGAUGAUCCUUUUAAAAGACUAUCAUCUUGGAAAAACACUACUCACCAUUGCAAUUGGUCAUUCGUCACUUGCUCUUCGUCUUCUCACUCUCCCACUGUCAUUUCCCUGGACUUCUCCUACUUAGAACUCAAUGGUACUCUCUCUCCUCAAAUCGGUUUUCUUACAAAUUUGAUUCAUUUGGAUUUAUCAUAUAAUCAAUUACAUGGUGAGAUACCAAAUUCUUUUUCUCUUCUUACAAAUUUGAUUCAUUUGGAUUUAUCAUAUAAUCAAUUAAAUAGUAAGAUACCAAAUUCUUUUUCUCUUCUUACAAAUUUGACUUUUUUGUAUUUAUCAGAUAAUCAAAUACAUGGUGAGAUACCAAAUUCUUUUUCUCUUCUUACAAAUUUGAAUCAUUUGGGUUUAUCAAAUAAUCAAUUACAUGGUGAGAUACCAAAUUCUUUUUCUCUUCUUACAAAUUUGACUUUUUUGGAUUUAUCAAAUAAUCCAUUACAUGGUGAGAUACCAAAUUCUUUUUCUCUUCUCACAAAUUUGAAUUAUUUGGAUUUAUCAUAUAAUCAAUUAAAUGAUGAGAUACCAAAUUCUUUUUCUCUUCUUACAAAUUUGAAUUAUUUGAGUUUAUCAUAUAAUCAAUUACAUGGUGAGAUACCAAAUUCUUUUUCUCUUCUUACAAAUUUGAAUUUUUUGUAUUUAUCAAGUAAUCAAUUACAUGGUGAGAUACCAAAUUCUUUUUCUCUUCUUACAAAUUUGAAUUUUUUGGAUUUAUUAAAUAAUCAAUUACAUGGUGAGAUACUAAAUUCUUUUUCUCUUCUUACAAAUUUGAGUGUUUUGGAUUUAUCAAAUAAUCAAUUACAUGGUGAGAUACCAAAUUCUUUUUCUCUUCUUUUUACAUAUUUGAGAUAUUUGGAUUUAUCAAAUAAUCAAUUACAUGGUGAGAUACCAAAUUCUUUUUCUAUUCUUACAUAUUUGCAUUAUUUGGAUUUAUCAUAUAAUCAACUCACGGGUGAGUUACCUGUCAACAUUGGAAAGCUUACGAGUCUUAGUUUUUUGUUGGUUGCCAACAAUAACUUGAUUGGAAAAAUCACACCAAAGAUUACAGGAUACAAUGUCACGAAUUUUAAAAACUCUUCUAUCUGCAACUUGGUUGAUCUUCAAAUCCUUGAUUUAUCUUAUAACAAGUUUAAUGGAGAAGUUCCUCAUUGCUUGGUCAAUACUAGUACUCAAUUAAGUGUAUUGAAUCUCCAAUCAAAUAAUUUCAAGGGCAUCAUUCCAUCAACAUUAUUUUCCACUUGUGAUUCCUUGGAAUAUGUAGAUUUCACUGACAAUCAGUUAGAAGGAGCUAUACCUCGGUCUUUAUCUAAAUGUAGACACCUGAAAUUCCUAAAUUUGAGGAACAACAAAUUCAAAGAUGUAUUCCUCUAUUGGUUAGGUAGCCUUCCGCAUCUAGCGGUUCUCAGCCUACCCUUUAAUAAAUUUCAUGGUGAUAUAACCAACAAUUUAUCAAAGAUUGCAACAUUUUCUUUUUCAAAUCUACAAAUUCUCGACCUUUCAAACAAUAAUUUCUGUGGUAAGUUGCCAUUCAUGUACAUCAAACAAUUUCGUUCCAUGAUGGAUAUCGACAUGUCUACUAUAGGAAGUCCAAGGUACUUAGAAAAUGAUCCUAGUGAUUAUGCAUCUAGUUAUUAUAUGUACUCCAUCAAGAUGACAGUAAAGGGGGUGGAACUUGAUUAUAAGAAGAUAAUUACUUCUAUGUCAACAUUUGAUAUGUCUAAUAAUCACUUUGAAGGAGAGAUUCCAAAUUCUAUAGGGAUGUUGCGAGCACUUCGAAAUCUUAAUCUCUCGCAUAACCUCCUUACCGGAAACAUCCCUCCAUCAAUCGGGAACUUAUCAUUUUUGGAUGGUUUAGACCUAUCAUCAAAUAGGCUUAUCGGUGAAAUCCCUCAAGAACUUGUUAGUUUAGCAUCUCUCGAGGUUUUUAAUGUUUCAUAUAAUCAAUUGGAAGGGCCUAUACCCCAUGGUAACCAAUUUGAUACCUUCCCAUCUGAUUCGUACGAGGGAAAUCUUGAAUUGUGUGGAGCACCAUUACUUGAAUGCAAAAACAAUAGUGUUGUGCAAUCUUUGAACAAUGAUAAUGUGGAAGAAAAAACAAAAUUGUCGAUGUGGGAAGUUGUAGUGAUUGGAUUUGGAAGUGGUACAAUCAUUGGUUUGGCUUGGGGGUACUACAUAUUGUCAGUGGGGAAGCCUUUUUGGCUUUUUAAAUUGUUGAACAAGAUGGAAUGGGCUUUACUUGAUUUUCAUGACCACCAUUUCAGUAGAAGAAGUAGAACAAGAAGAACAAAGAACUAAAAGUGAUCAUCUAUCUGAGAAACAUUUCAUUUGUAGCAAGAAGUAGAGUAUGAUGGAAUGUGCCUUUUUUUGGGCUUUACUUGAAUUUGUAGCAUUUUCUUUUUCUUUUCACUGUACUUUAUUCAUAAUUAUAUUUUGUGAUAAUAACAUUUCUUUUCUAUAAAAA